ACGCAGGUGAGAAACAUCCUGGACUGGAUAUGAAUCAACAUGACGAUUUUUAUAGGUCUACUUUACUUAAAAAUUGAGGCCUAUCAUUUAUUAUAAUGCUCUGGAUUUGCUAAUAGGAGUGGCAGUCGGUGGACAAGAUCUAGAUCUCUAGAAUCUAGUGUUUUGUUUGGAAUGAUUUUCAGCAGUAUGAACCGUGGGCAGCUUCCAACACAGCCCGGGUGACCCAGCUCCGUUAAUUUUGUGUCGAUCGAUAUUACAAUCACUGCGACACUGAAGGAAACAAGAGAAAAUUGUCAUCAUCAUGGCCGUCUGCUGUUUAAAACGUACUGUCAAUAUCAGUGCAUUAAUCUGUGUCUGGACCUUUCUACUUUUACACAAUUUAAGUUUAUCUGCUCCCCAGAAUGGGAAAAUUGUGGCUUUUUUUCAAGGUUCCUGUGAGUCGUCCUUGCCCAACCCAUGCCAGCAUCAGUGUACAAACAUACACAGUGGUGGCUUCUACUGCCUCUGUAACGAGGGGUAUUCAAUCAACAAGGAUGGGAUGACAUGUGCAGAAGCAGAUUACAAAGUCCCAUCCCAGGCAGGAGACAGCAAAGAUGCUCCUGGAGAAACAAAUGUCGACAAUAGCCAGGUGGUGAAAAUCCAAAGUUUUGAUCUGAAGAAAGGGCUGGCCCCAUUGGAGUCUAGUGCCCACACCAGGCUGCUGAAGACAGACAGCAGCCUGAUCUUGGACAGGGGUUUCUACAACAUUCUGGAGGGCGGAGCUGACGAUUAUGGAGUGAUAUGUGACGGACACGUGUGCCAGAAUAAUGGGACGUGUACGGUGAUGCAGUUCAGGGUGUCUUGUCAGUGUCCUUUUGGGACGGGUGGAGAGUAUUGUCAGCAAGAGGUAGAGGUCAAAUACCCCAAGUUUUCUGGAACUGGAUACCUCUCACUGCCUGUUCUACCCAGUGCUGGAAAUGAAUUUCAUGUCAGUCUACAGUUCCGACCAGAGAAUGAACAUGGGCUAUUGCUCUACACUGGCCACUCUCUUGAUGAUAUGCGUGGUAUCUUCUCAGUUGCCUUGGUCUAUGAGCAUAUUAUUUUCAGAUAUGAUUGUGGACGAGGUGACGCUGAGAUGAAAUCUAGAAACAAAGUGGCCUUGGGUCAGUGGAACAGGUUGAUCAUCACAAGGCAAGAGAGCCGGGCCACGAUGAAGCUUAACGAGGAAGAUGAAAUCCAGGCAGUUUCUAAAGUAGAUUUUUCUAGAACAGCUGCCCGUGUUUACCUGGGUGGCUACAGCAACAUGCCAGACAACGUCUGCUCCGCCAGCUCACAGAGGUUUACAGGGUGUGUCCAGGAGAUGGAGGUCAACGGUCAUGUCCUGGACUUUAGAAAAGAUGGAGUGCAAGGUGUUAACGUGGGUGAAUGCAGCUCAUCAGUAUGUGAGGGUGUGGUCUGCCAAAAUGGGGGCACUUGUACCCCCCAGUCAGCUGACCAGUACAUGUGCCUGUGUCCAUUGGGGUUCUAUGGAGAAUCCUGUCAGCAGGAUGCACCAGUCCGUGUCCCCCAGUUCUCUGGCUCCUCCUACUUGGAGUACCCAGGUCUCCAGCGGUCAGUCUUGUCUUACACAGAAAUAGAAAUGGCCAUGAAACCCACUAGCCUGGAUGGAACUCUGCUGUACAAUGGCUACUCUAAAGACAGGACAGGGGACUUUGUAUCGCUCUCAUUACAUGCUGGAUACUUGGAGUUUAGAUUUGAUUUGGGUACUGGAACAGCUGUUAUAAGGAGCCAGGAACCUCUCUCAUUGGAUGAGUGGCACUUUAUCCGAGCCUCGCGCACCGGCCUCAUGGGGACGUUGGAAGUAGAUGACCAGGGUCAUGUGGCUGGGCAGGCAGGGGGUGCCUACACCCAACUGACCCUCUUUGACGGACUGUAUCUAGGAGGUCAUCCCAAUUAUGACCACACAUCUAAGCCUGCUAAUCUCUCUAAAUCUUUUAAAGGCUGCAUUCAAAAGGUGAAAAUCAACAAAAAACAGCUCCAGCUGAUAAGUUCAGCUACCAAGGGAGUGAAUAUCAGCCCUUGUUCACACCCUUGUGCUGGGCAGCCCUGCUUGAAUGGAGGGGAGUGUCACCCAAAUCUGGACAGCUACUCAUGUUAUUGCCCUAUUGGUUUCACCAACAAAAACUGUGAAAAUGGUCACAGCUUGCUGCCCUCACGUCCAAUGUUUUCUGGUGAGAGCUACCUCAUGUACAAUGAGAGGGAAAUUGUUAAAAGAGUAUCUGGCACUCUAAUGGAUUUCCAGAUGACGUUUCGUGCCACCAGUCGGGAAGGUCUGAUUUUCUGGAGCGGUGAAGACCUGAGGCUUAAGCCCAGCGGGGACUUUAUUUCCCUGGGGUUUCAUGGCGGAAGCUUACAGCUGCAUUACAAUUUGGGGAGUGGUGAGGCUGUUAUCAGCUACAAUGACUCCCGUCUGUUGGAUGGGGACUGGCAUUCAGUGAGAAUUCAGAGAGACAAGCAAGAUGCGUACAUGGAGAUAGACAAGGUGGAGGUGGUGGAGGGGAGCUCCCCUGGUGCGUACACCUCCCUCAACACAGACAACACAAUGUACUUAGGAGGAAUGCCAAACAUCGCUGAGAAGACAGGUGGGCGAUACACGUCUGGGUUCUCUGGUUGUAUAAAUGGGCUGAAACUGGCCACAGACUACGACGUCAUGCUGGUCAGCCAGUCCCAGGAGGGUAGGAACAUUGUCCAGUGCAGGAGGAACUAGGACCAGGGAGGGCCUGACAUCAAACACAAGUGCUGUGAAUAUUUUUUUCUGCUGGAUCUGAGCAUUCCUUUAUACAAUCAUCAGUUUUACUUCGUGUUGUAUGUCUUACUUAUGGAUGUCCUGCUACAUUCAUGUGUACACAGAAAAAAAAAGCUAAGAAAAAAAUGAUGCAAAUAAUUCCUCAUUCCGCCAAAGAAAUAAUUAAUUAAGCAUAAUUUUUUGGAUGGGACUGGACCAUUGUGCUAAAGGUCAACAAUUUUUGUGUGUUGACCAUGAACUGGUUGCAUGACCUUUGACAGGUUAUAAGAUGAACAAUCAAAACAGAUUUUCUGAUUGACAGUUGGGGUGAUAAUUUAAAAAACCAAUGCCAAAUUUUUUAAUUAACUGGUAUGUAAUUAACUAGUUCAUUGACCAUUUAGUUCAUUUUAGUAAAUGGUUAAGCAUUCACUUAUUCCUGAUUAAUCUAGCGAACCAUAUACUAUUUCAAUUAGUAAAUUAGUAAGAAUAACCUUAUUACAAUUUAUGAAUUAAUUAGACUAAUUAGUUUAGUAUUUGGUUGAGUAGCUAGUUGUAUGUAGAUGACAUUGAUGUUGCUAAUAUUCUGUUGAAACUUUAAUUUCUUGAUAUAAUUCAUUUAGCAUUUUUUAUUACUGGUAUCAUCCAAUCACCCUUUCAGUAUGUUUUCAUCAUCUAGGUAGUAAGUGACCAAAUUAGUUAGGCAACUGUUGUAAUCAUUCAAGUUAUGUAACUGAUCAAAGUAGGUGGAUAAACUAAACUAAUGUUUAAAUCAUCUGGGUUGUGGAAUUGUACAAACUAUGUACCUGUUGAUGUCGUUAAGAUUUGUUUCUAAUCCUGACUAUAUUUCUGACCGCUCUAAUCCUGACCCUAUUUCUGACCGCUCUAAUCCUGACAGCUAUUCCCUCUGACAUAAAAACAUAUGACAAAAAAUUGCUUUUUUAGCAAGUUGAAAAACCAACUGACACCUACCUACCUAGAGCAGUCAUGUCACUUGCUGUCUACCGACACCUACCUACCUAGAGCUGACAUGUCACUUGCUGUCUACCAACUGACACCUACAUAUCUAGAGCUGUCAUGUCACUUACUGUCUACCAAUUGACACCUACCUAUCUAGAGCUGACAUGUCACUUACUGUCAACCGACACCUACCUAUCUAGAGCUGACAUGUCACUUACUGUCUACCAACUGACACCUACCUAUCUAGAGCUGCCAUGUCACUUACUGUCUACCAACUGACACCUACCUAUCUAGAGCUGCCAUGUCACUUACUGUCUACCGACACCUACCUAUCUAGAGCUGACAUGUCACUUACUGUCAACCAACUUACACCUACCUACCUAGAGCAGGCAUGUCACUUGCUGUCUACCGACACCUACCUACCUACAGCUGUCAUGUCACUUACUGUCAACCGACACCUACCUAUCUAGAGCUGACAUGUCACUGUCAACCGACACCUACCUAUCUAGAGCUGACAUGUCACUUACUGUCAACCGACACCUACCUAUCUAGAGCUGACAUGUCACUGUCAACCGACACCUACCUAUCUAGAGCUGACAUGUCACUUGCUGUCAACCAACCGACACCUACCUAUCCAGAGCUGACAUGUCACUUGCUGUCAACCAACCGACACCUACCUAUCUAGAGCUGACAUGUCACUGUCAACCGACACCUACCUAUCCAGAGCUGACAUGUCACUGACAUGAGCUGGACGUUGACCUUUUAGGUGAAGCGGAGCUUAGGUUGUUCGCUAUGUCCAUUUUAACUUCAUGCCCCAUCUGCCAUAAUGAUGAAUACAUCCGUAGACAGCAUUUGAGCGGCCUUUCUGUUUCUGUAUGGCCAUGCGUAUAAGCCACCACUGUGACGACAUGACAUAAUUAAUUACCAAGGGCCACAAUGUGAAAGACAGGAUUUGAUCUAUUUACCAUUUCAAACUUUACAAACAAUGUUUUAUUCGCUUAUUUUUCUAGAUGGUUUUUGCAUUUUUGUGUCAUGCAUUCACUUUUUUGUGUGCUCCUUUUGUACAGUCCUUUUGCCUGUUGUACAUGGGCUGUAUUGGUGAAGAGAACUCUUGUACAGUUUAAACACUGUCAAGUUUUGUAGAGUGGUUUCCCUUAGUUCGAGCUAAACAGCUGUUUCAAACAUUCCAUUCACCAACCAUUUACAUGAAAAAGUCAAUUCACUCCAACAUUUGGUUGUGCUCUAGUUAUACCAGUCUACAAACUUUUUUUUUUUUUUUUGAUUCCCUGAUGGUUUCAUAUACAGAUCUGUAUAAAAAUUAGCCCUUUGAUGUUGUUCUGGUUUUGUCUUAGAUGAUAAUUAUGCAUCAGUAGAGUUGAAAAUAUGUAACAAUUUUAAACCACUAAAUAUUCAUCAAAUUUUUCUUGCUUGUUGAGUUUAGCGUAUUUAUACAUAAAAAUAAAAAUUUGGGCACAUAAUAAAUAAACAACCAUUUUCAUUAGAAGACUGCAGCUUGUUUUUUUAAAAAAAAACAACUAAAAUUAUAUUGUUUUUAAAAAAAAAUACAUUGAUAACAUAUUUUGUAAUGUCGUAACUUUUUUAAACAAUAUUCAUUUUAAACUGCAGUUUGAUAUACUUAUUUUUGUGUUACUCCUUGAGUAGCAUUCAAGCCUAUGAAACAAAUAUUCAAUCAAAAUAAAAAAAAUAUGUUUUAAAUGUGGCAAGCUGCAAUCAGAUAUAUAUUUUUUUGUUUACAAUUUUUUAUGUUGUAAAUGUUGGUUUGAUGUACUUAAUAUGGGACACUCCUGUUUGUCUCCACACCCUACAAACUUGUGGUACUACCACCCCUCACCAUCCUAUAAUCUUGUGUUAGAACCCUCCCCACCCUACAAACUUGUGGUACCACCACCCCUCACCAUCCUACAAUCUUGUGGUAGAACCCCC